GCCCCGAUGUCUACCACUCCAAAGUAUGGGCUCGCCCCGAGUUGACUCCAAAUUGACGUUCCCGGCGUUAAGCUGGCUGAGCUGGGAUUGGAUAUCACUGCCACCUCCUUGCACGGCUGCUGAAGGCACAAGCAAUUGUUCGGUCUCCAAACAAAUAACUAGCCCUAGACGCAAAACAUACGAAGUACUCACCACGGUUAUUUGCGAUUUCGACUCUCUAUCUCACCCAGCGGAUCAUUGUGUUACUUUGACGUACGAUAAUUUGAAGCUUGGUUGGUCGCGGGGUGAUCCACGGACCUUUUCACAGGCGUCACACAGGCGUCGUCACCUCUUCAUCGUUUCAUAACUUGAAGGUUACGUGACUUCAAGAUGGCGGCAGAGCACGACGGAGCGACAAUCCAACAGCGACUCCUCGGAGCCUGCCAACGCGACAAUGUUGACGACCUCCAAGAGAUCAUUGACGGGUGCAAAGGCGACGAGGCCAAGAUCUCAGAUCUUAUGAAUAACACCGUAAGUCCCAUGGGGGACUAUCUCUACCACGUGGCCGCGAAACACGGAAGCCACUGGGUCAUCAAUCUCCUCCUGGACCAACCCGAUUUCGAAUGCGACCCCAUCAACCGCCGAGAAGGCGACACACCCCUUCACUGCGCCGUGCGCUGGGCCAAUGACAACCCGACCAAGCGCCAGGACGCCCUCGCCCUGAUCGAUAUGAUGCUGGAAGCCGGCUCGGACACGCGCGUCAAGAACAAGGCGAAACUGACUGCGAUCCAGCUAGUGGACCCCUCGAAUAAGCAGCUCAAGGAUCUGAUACAGGAGGCCGAACAGGCCAACUUGAACGCAGCCGAUUUGGUGGAUACGAACGAUGUCAAGGGCAACAACAGCGCUUUUAUAGACAUCCCGCAGCAAGACGACGAGUCGGAUGAGGAUGCGGAGUUCAGCGGCAGUGAUGAUGAGGAACGGGCCGAGUGGGAGCGUAGGAGAAAGGCACGUCAAGGACGGUAGAGGUGUAGUUGAUGACGGAGAACUGAAGUCUGCAAUCGUCCGGUGGCUACCAGUGCCGCGGAGCGUGAUAAAGGCGCAUGGCCGGAUCGUUAUGAGUUUUACGAGGCAUAUUUUCGUGGUUGGGUAGUAGAUACAGAGAGAUAAAGGCCAAUCAUCGGUAUCUGGCAUUCGCAGUCUGGACUGGCUUGCGCUCAAGUAAGUCGGGCUCAGCAAGACUUGCAAUGGAUAUACUUUAAGGUACAGCUCACGCUGAAUUGAGCUAAAGUUACAUUUCCCCAUGGGUUGGGACAUCUCGUCUUGAAUGCCGAAUGAUUACAGAUUCUAUUUGAUUU